GUCUACACAGCCUCAGUCGUUGGAAGCUAAUGAGAAUUGAUUGGUGAUUGUUGUUAAACCUCUACACUGAGUGAGAAAGAUCUCGACAUGAGCAUUCUGGUAAUGAAAACAACACAGGAAGUCAACAAUCACCCUGAGUGAGCCAUCAACCCUACAACCUGAACCAAGAGAGUGCGUUUCUAAAAAGCACUUUUUGACUAUUUGUGUCUAAACGCCAACACACCUUCGGGUGAGAAACAAAGAGUCUCUUAGCAGUGGUUAUUAUUGAUGUGGGAUUUUUACCUGGCAACAACUCCUUGAUACCCCAUCGUAAAUGACAACUUGGGGCUAGAGUUCAACUGCAGGCUCAAAAUGACAGCUUGUAACUUUUGACACAGACACCAGACCAGACAAUGACAUGGAGGUGCGCGCGUACAUGGACUAUCCCGUUGCGAUUUAUAGCAACGUCACAGAGCAGUUGAAUGGCUCCUCAGCCACCUCCUCUGGGCUGGCAGGAGAGGAACCUGACCCCUACCAGCAUUACACCAUCAGCGUCUUCCUCUCCUGCCUCUACACAAUCUUCCUUUUCCCCGUGGGCUUCAUCGGGAACGUCCUCAUCCUGGCCGUCAACCUGAGCCACAGGGGCCGCAUGACUGCUCCUGACCUUUACUUUGUCAACCUGGCGGCUGCCGACCUGGUCCUGGUGGCUGACUCCCUGAUCGAGGUGUUCAACCUUAGCGAGCACUACUAUGACAUGGCUGCCCUGUGCACCUUCAUGGCCCUGUUCCUGCAGGUCAACAUGUACAGCAGCGUCUUCUUCCUGACCUGGAUGAGCUUUGACCGGUUUGUGGUGCUGGCGCGCUCAAUGAGUCUGGGCAGAAGCAUGCCCCGGGCCCGUCUGACCUGCUGCCUGAUCUGGGUGACCUCCGCCCUGCUCACCCUGCUGCCCUUCACCGUGGCCCAGGUGCAGCACGCUGGGGAGCUUCACUUCUGCUUCGCAAACGUAUCCCAGAUCCAGUGGCUGGAGGUUACGCUGGGCUUCCUGCUGCCCUUCUGCGUGCUGGGCCUCUGCUACUGGAGGAUCGCCCUGGUUCUGGUGAGCGCUCAAAGGGAGCACAGUGGGCUGCAGCGGCGGCCACAGAAGCGGAAGGCUUUGAGGAUGAUUUCUGCGGCCGUGUUGGUGUUCUUUGCCUGCUGGUUACCGCAGAACAUGUUUGUCAGCGUGCACCUGCUUAGAGGCGAUGUGGAUGGAACGCUGUGGCAUGACUACCCUCUGACGGCCCACAUGGUCAACCUGGCUGCCUUCUCCAACAGCUGUCUCAACCCCCUGAUCUACAGCUUCCUGGGGGAGACCUUCCAGGACAAGCUAAGGAGCUUCAUCAAGGAAAACAUCAGCUGGGCCAAGUUAGACAGCUCCUGCUGGAGUAGCUAGCCCCUCUAGCCUACCCACUACAAGCCCCUGCCCCCAUCCCAUACUUAAAAAGUACAAGUCCCAUCACACAACCUCUCCAACGCUCCUGCUGCCUCUACAAACCAGCCAUCCAUCCUUCAAAUCAAAACUGACCAACAUACGUGUGCCCUGAACAGCUAAGUGGUGUGUCUGAUUUCAAUCACUUUCUGACCUCACUCCUUUUAACUUAAAUCUUUCCAUAGAUAGUUUUGUGUAUAUAUAAUGUACGUGGACACCCCUUCGGCUAUUUCAGCCACACUGUUGCUGACAGGUCUAUAAAGUCAGGCACACCGCCACGCAAUCUCCACAGACAAACAUUGGCAGUAGAAUAGCCUUACUGAAGAGCUCAGUGACUUUCAAUGUGGCACAGUCAUAGGAUGCCACCUUUCCAACAAGUCAGUUGGUCAAAUGUUUGUCUUGCUAGAGCUGCCCCGGUCAACUGUACGUGCUGUUAUUGUGAAGUGGAAACGUCUAGGAGCAACAACGGCUCAGCCGCUCACAGAAUGGGACCAGUGCGUAGCGUGUAAAAAUCGUCUGUCCUCGGUUGCAACACUCACGACCGAGUUCCAAACUGCCUCUGGAAGCAAAGUCAGCACAAGGAAUGUUCGUCGGAAGCUGCAUGAAGUGUGUUUCCAUGGCCGAGCAGCAGCACGAUUCUGUGCUUCCAACAAGACCUUUCCUGUUUCAGCAUGACAAUGCCCCCUGCACAAAGCAAGGUCCAUACGGAAAUGGUUUGUUGAGAUCGGUGUGGAAGAACUUGACUGGCCUGCACAGAGCCCUGACCUCAAACCAAUCGAACACCUUUGGAAUUAAUUGGAACGCCAACUGCUUACCAGGCCUGAGUUCAGUGCCCGAACUCACUACUGCUCGUGGCUGAAUGGAAGCUUACAAACAGGGUUGUCAAACUAUUUUCUUUAAAAAGAAAUUUGUCAUUUCAAACUUUAACGUCUAAAAAAAAAGCUUAAACUCGGAAUUUCCUCAUUGUCGCAUAUUUUAUAGUUUAGACCCAUUUUAGAUAAUCUGAGGUGUUUGUUGUGUCCACCAUCGGUUGAGACAGCAUACUCUUGAAUAUAAGGGUGGGUGUCAUUUCAAUCAUAGAAAUAGAAUGGAUAUAUCCCUUCAGACCACUACAAUUUAGCUAGUACAUCAUUUAAAUAUAAAUUGCCAUUUAGAACUUCCAAUUAAUACCACAAAAAUGGGUGCCUGUCAACCCAUCGUCAAAUGUCUACUUAAAUGGAAAUGUAUAUUCUAUUAUCUUUAUUUCUAUGAUUCCAACAGGUAUCCUAGAGAAGACUGAAGGUGCAAUUUAAAACUGAUAUUCCCAUUCAAAUAAACAUUCUCUGAUGUGUGGACCUCCAACCAUCUUUGUGCUACCAUUUGAAAGUAAAAAUGUUUCAAUUGUAUUCCCAUUUUAGAACAUUUAUCAGCAAAAACAUGACACCCACCACCCUGUAUUAAAGGGCAUGCUGUGUCUCAACUGAUGGCGAGCACAACAAAAAUACCUCAGAUGAUGUAAAAUAGGGUCUAACCUACAACAUAAGCAAAUUGAGAAACAGAGUGUUCAGUUAAUCUCAUAAUUAUAAAAAUAUAUAUAAUUCUGAUCACUUACAUGAGAAAAAAUGUGUAGAAAGCUUUGUGUGU